AUGGAAAGAGGUUGGCUCCAUGGGGAAGGAUUCCUCCUCUGCCUCAUUCUCCACCUGCUGCUUCAAGGAAGAGGAGACAAUUUCAUCAUCACUUGCUCAGGAUUCGACCAGCAUGGGGUGGAUCCUGCUGCCUUCCAAGCAGUGUUUGACAGGAAGGCCUUCCGUCCAGUCACCAACUUCAGCAUCCCCACUCAUGUCCACAUCUCCUUCACCCUGUCUGCCAACCUGGAAGUAGAUGCACAUCUUCAACUGAUGACAUCAUUCCUGUGGCUAAAUGUGAUGUGGUACAAUCCAUUCCUUAGGUGGAACCCAGUGGAAUGUUGGGGCAUCAGGAAGCUGAGCGUGGCAGCUGAGAACCUGUGGCUUCCAGAUAUCUUCAUCGAGGAGUUCAUGGAUAUGGAUCAGACCCCUCCAGGUCUCAUGGCUUAUGUCAGCAGUGAUGAUCACAUCGAAUACAGUAAACCAAUGCAGGUGACCAGCAUCUGCAACCUGGACAUCUUCUACUUCCCCUUUGAUGAACAGAACUGCACCCUCACCUCCAGCUCUUUCAUCUACACAGUGCAGAACAUGGUGUUGGGCAUGGAGCAGGACGUGCAGUAGAUUUUGAAAACAUCACAGAACGUCGUUUGGAGCAAGGGGGAAUGGGUACUUCAGGGUAUCCAUCAAAGAAUGAUGAAGAUGACUGUGGGCACCAAUGAGUAUGACCAAAUCAUCUUCUAUGUGACCAUCAGGCACAGGCGCAGCCUCUGGCCCAGAGUCAUAAGCCUCCUGGUGCCCAGUAGCUUUCUGAUAGCCAUCGACGUCCUCAGCUUCUACCUGCUGGCAGAAAGCGAGAGCUAUGCCCCAUUCAAGAUGACACUCAUGCUGGGCUACAACGUCUUCCUGCUCAUGACGUUGAAUGACUUACUCCCUGCCAGUGGCACCCCCCCCCCAUCUGUCUACUUUGCCCUGUGUCUGUCACUGAUGGUGCUCCGCCUGCUGGAGACCAUCUUCAUCACCGACCUGCUGCACCUGGCCACCACCCAGCCCCCACCCAGGCCCCGCUGGCUCCGUUCCCUGCUUCUACACUGCACCAGCCCAAGGAAACGCUGCCCCGCUGCGCCCCAGAAGGGAAACACGGGCCUGGGCCUCAGCCCUGCCCACCUGCCUGGGGAGGGAAAUCAGCACUGCCCACGCGAGCCCGUGGAGUUGGUGGGGAAGGUGCCAGGUCCCGGAGACGCAGAGCUAAAUGGGUGCCCUGGGUCAGCGAGGGCCCAGCAGGAAGACGAGGCUCAGAAGCAGCACUCGGUCAGCCUGUGGCUGCAGCUCAGCCACAUGACGGACACCCUGCUCUUCCGCCUCCGCCUGCUCUUCCCGGCCCGCUCCGUCGUCACGGUCAUCAUCCUCUGGGACACCUAG